AUGGAUGUGUCGCUCCCAUCACCGCCGGCCGUUAGUGCUUUGCGGGAGUCCUUCGGUGAUCGUAAGCCGCCGGAUAUCACUCGAAAGAUCACUGCCUGUGUGGCAUGUCGCAAGCAAAAGGUUGUUCCUCUCGUGUCCCAGGAAGACGUGACAUGGAGAGGAGCGGUAUCUCUGAAAAUCAAAAAUUUGGAAGAAUCAAUCGCAAAGAUCGCAAAAAAAAUCGACAUGCCCGAGCUACAGGCACAAUCUGAAGAACUUGCGGACUCUAUAAGUCCACCUGUGGUGGAAAUGGCCAACGCCGAGGCCCUAGACUCAACCUCGAAAUCUCAAACAGGAGAUAACCGAGAUCUACCACAGACCUGGGAAGUGGUCAUGGAUCCCCACGGCGGGCCUGGUUCAAUACCGGCUUCAUGUGUCUCGGAGAGUGUUCGAGCAGGGCUACCGAGUAGCUUGCCAACGUCAGGCCACUCAGAUCUGAUAUCGACCGGGUUGAUUACGUUACGACAGGCAUCGGCAUUAUUUGACACCUACCAUCUACGAUUGGAUCAUUUUUUGUAUCGCAUUCUUGGCGACCAUAUCAGCCUGAACUCGGUGCGAAUUGCAUCGCCACUGUUGACGGCGGCGGUCUGCACCGUCGGCUCUCUCCAUUCACCGUCUUUGGGGUAUCUGUUUGAGACGUGCUAUGCGGAGUACAAAGGCUUAGUUGCGACGCAGACGUUUUCAAGGACUGCCAAUGAGGACGAUAUUCGGGGACUGUGUAUUGGGGCAUUCUGGCUGCAUGAACUCUCUUGGGCGUUGAUUGGAAAUGCUGUGCGAGUGGCGUCCGACAUAAAUCUCCACAGUGGGAUCUACAAAGCCUUGAAGGGUGACCGGGAGGGCUACAGUCAAGCCCGACUCUAUUACCUGGUCUAUGUUUGCGAUCACCACUUCUCGGUCGCCUACGGUAGACCACCAAUGUCACGCGAAGGCUUCAUCAUCGACUCUGCCAGCCGGCUUUUGGACACUGAGCAUGCGACCGAGGACGAUGCCAGGUUGAUUAGCCAAGUGAAAGAGUGGUCUUUACUGGCCCAAGUCUAUGAUACAUUCGGCGUAGACGUCGAUACGGCCAUUCCUCCCCAAACAAUUCCCCAACUCCGCCGAUACUCCAUCGCCUUGGAUACAUGGUUUGCAGACUGGCACCAGAGUUUUCAAGAAAACCGACGAGUGGGAAAUUAUCCCGCCAAGGGCGUGGGUUUCCACUUCCAUUUCGCGAAGCUUUAUCUUUGCUCGCACGCAUUCCGCGGGGUUCCCGCCGCCGAGAGCGCUUGUUUUACACCAGAACUGGAAGAAAUCGCCAACACCGGCGUCUUAUCUGCAAUGUCAAUCCUACGUGUGAUUGUAUCCGACGACGAAUUCCGCUCAUUCAUGAACGGUCUCCCGUUAUACUUUGACACUAUGCUUGCAUUUGCAGUAGUCUUCUUACUCAAGGUUGCUACCAAGUACGCGACCGUCAUCAGGAUUGACACAACCAAGAUUCUAUCCCUCGUUACCCAGACAGUCUCUGCCUUAUGUGAGGUUACACAGACCAUGCACCGACAGCAUCUGCUCGUUGUCAUCGCCGAGGGAUUGGGAAGGCUCUUGGCUAGAUGCCAGGUCCCGGGUCAGACAACCCAGCAGACAGCCUACCAGCCCUCUCCAUUACUGGAUACGCAUGCACAACUUGACCUAGCCUGGAUGGGAAACAUGGCAAGUUUUGAUUUUCAGACUAACUUCCCUGACGUGGAUGACUGGUGGCUUCACUAUAGUACAUCGAUUGGUUCUUCAGGACGUCCUUUGGGUCCACCUGUUUAG